AUGGCAACUAUAUUUGGUAUGCGUUUGAGAACUAAGCUUAAAGAAUGCUUGCCUCUCCACUAUAAGGUUGAUAUCAGAGUGUCUCCCGGUUCUCAUGCCGAUGAACAUUCAGAAACAGUACAGAUCAGAGCAGAGGGUCUAAGGCUGAACAGACGUGUGGGGAUCGAAUACUUAGCAGUGUGGCUAACACGAUCAGGAUCUGUCCCACGCUAUAACCUGAUGGAAGAUGCGGCUCCAGCUGAGAUAAGUCGUGUCCAGAACUGGCAAUGGAUUAGGUAUGAAGUGGAGUUGGACGGAGAUGGGCUUGGAGUCAGGGUGAACAAAGAGUUGUUUGAGAGAGUUGUGGAAGAAGAGAUGGAAAGAAUCGAGAAAGAAGUUGGUAAAGAUAAGUUUAAGAAAGGAAUGUAUAAGGACAACUGCAAGAAGUUUACAAAGCAAUGUACUGCAAGUGAGCUUGAUGAUUUUCUUACACUUGCUGUUUAUGAUCAUAUUGUAGCUCACUACCCAAACAAUGUGUCAAGGCCCUGAGAGAAGAAAAGAAGAUGCUGGGAGAGAGAGUUUGAGAUAUGAGUGUUGUACUUUUGUCUUCUAUGUUUGUUUCUCAUUUGCUUUUUUUCUAUAUGUCUGUAUAUUGGAUGAACUUGAUGUUUUUAUCUCCAAUAUGAAAUAAAUGUUUCUAUAACAUCGCUUAUAAUGUGUAAGGGGCUAUAUAGCAUUGUUUAUUUUGAUAUUAAACAAUCUAUAGAGUUCAAAAUAUAUAAAAUACAAUUGGCUG